AUGCCUCGAGGAAAGUGGAUUGACAAGAAGACGGCCCAGCAUUUCACGCUGGUCCAUCGACCGCAAAAUGACCCUCUCAUCCACGACGAGAAGGCCCCGGCCAUGGUGUUGAACCCGACCCAGCCAAAGCCUGGUUCCUCAAAAGUUAAACAUCUCGACGAACUGGCGUCAGAAUUCGGCUCUGAUGCAGCCGCAAUUCGAGCCAACGAAGGCGAGGCUGCUAGCCACGGAGUCUACUUCGACGAUACCGAAUAUGAUUAUAUGCAGCAUUUGCGCGAUCUCAACUCGGCGUCCAGUGGGGAAGUCGUGUUCAUCGAGGCGAACACCAAGAGCAAGGGGAAACAAAAGGAAUCGUUAGAAGAUGCGCUGAAGAAAAUGGAUCUGGAGCAAAAAUCGGGCGACUUACUUGACGAUGAAAUGCUGCCCUCAAAGAAUCUCACCAGGGUUACCUACCAGGCCCAACAAGACGUCCCCGAUUCGAUUCGAGGAUUUCAGCCGGACAUGGACCCUAGAUUAAGGGAGGUUCUCGAGGCAUUGGAUGACGAGGCUUAUGUAGACGACGAGGACGACGAGAUUUUCAAAAACCUCACAAAAGACGGACAGGAGAUCAACGACGAUGAAUUUGAUGGGGCCGACUUUUUCGACGAGGACGCGGAUGGCUGGGAGUCGGAUGAUACCGCCAAGCCCACAAAGGAGUACAAGGAAGAAGUACCGGAGCUCGUUGCAGUGCCAGAGCACCCCGAGGUUGGGCCUUCACAAGACUGGAUGGAGGACUUCAAGCAAUUCAAAAAGGAACAAAAGUCUGGCAAGCCUCGCGUUGCGCCGUCCCACUCCGAACUCCAAUUCGACAAGAUUGAGGAGUCGUAUCUGGAAGACCCAGAGGACGACAUGGCUUCUAUUUCCCACGCGUCAACAUCUAGCGUUGUCGGACCCACGAGAAGAGACUUUGACGGAAUUCUGGACGACUUCCUCGGGAGUUACACGAAACCCGGGAAGAGAACGUCUAAAAAGUCCAAGGCACAGACUGGCUUGGAACAGCUGGAAGAGAUACGGAGGGAGUUGGGUCCGCCUCGCAUUCGCGGUCGAAAUGUGGGAAGAUAG